AUCAUGUAGAUGAGCUGGUUAUGCAGAUGUCAAAGCGAGAUGCUUUGGACUUAGUCUAUAAAUCUGAAGAUCAUGCUGCUGAUCUUCUGAGGCUUGCAGAUUCUCUCAACAGUUCUCUUUCAGAUGUACGUAAUACUUCACUAAAUGCCACAAAUGCCAUACAAGCUCACUCUAGUAUAAAAAAUAUGAUCGAACAAGCUGAAAUCCUGGCUGAGCAGUCAAGUUAUACCAUCUCAAACACUCUAGGAUUGGUAUCUAGACCAAAUGGAUCUAUUGAUGUUACAUCAAAGAAUUCCAUGAUAUUCAGCUCACAACUGCUAAAUGAAUCCAAAAACUUAAGUCGCAACACAGAAGGUCUUGUCUCCCAUUUAAAUGGACUGAAGACAAAGGUAGAUGAGAUACAAAAACGUACCUAUGUGUUUACUGGCCAGAUAAAUGAGCAGCUGCGUUCUCUGAGAACCCUGCCGAAUGAUACAAGUUCUAAACUUCAAGAGGCUAAAGAUCUAGCUUUGUCUGCCAGUUCUACUGCAGCUGGUACCCUGGGCCAUAUCAUGAAUUUCAGCCACAAGCUGACAAAUGCC